UUUCCAACAAGAAGACAAUAUCUGCUGUACUUCACUAAACCCGACAGCUGUUUCGGUAAUCAGACACAGAUUGCAAAUUAGUUACAAUUAAAAUGAAGAACGUCUUGGAUGUGAUGUCGGUGCAAAAACGCAUUGAAGAGAAUAAAAUCAAGAAACAAAAACCUACAGAUUAUAGAAAAAUUGAAAAAAACGGUAUUGUGCCACGUUUCCUGUUUGAGUGCGCCAUCAAAUUGCAAAUCAAGCCAUUGACCUCAGCAAGUGCUGCAAUAAUUUAUCACCGCUUCUUUAAUGAGGUUUCCAGCACUGAUUAUGACGAAUAUCUCAUAGCCGCUUCUGCAUUGUACUUGGCCGGCAAAAUUAAAGAUGAUCCUGUAAAGAUUCGUGAUGUCAUCAAUGUCGCUCAUAGUACACUGAAUCGUGGCUCUCAACCGCUAGAAUUGGGAGAUGAAUACUGGUCGAUACGUGAUGCUAUAGUACAAGCGGAGUUACUAAUUGCGCGCGUCUUGAAGUUUGAUUUGAAUAUUGAACAUCCACACAAGUAUUUACUCUAUUACAUGAAGUCACUGCAAUCUUGGCUAGGCCCCACUGUCUGGUCUUCAGUGCCAAUUGCAAAGGCUGCGGCAUCUUUUCUGCAAGAUUUUCAUCAUAGCCCAAAAAUUUUAUCUCAUAAGCCAUCGCACGUGGCCAUAUGCUGCCUUUCACUAGCCCUGCAAACAUAUGGCGUGCAAGUCCCUCUGGCCGAUGAAUCUGACGAUGCUUCUAUGUGGUAUGCACCAUUUGUUACCGAUUUGACAAAGGAAAAACAUUGGGAAAUUAUUGAGGACAUAAUAGAAACUUACAAGCAAGAAAGUGAAAUCAACAGUGUUUAAAAUGAUUGAUGGACAACAAUCAGCUCCAGCCAACGUAGAUACGUACAUACAAGUAUAUUCGAAUUUGUGAUAGGGAAAUUCUUCAGGCUAUAGAAUUGGCUUUGGUGUGUUUCUUCUUCUUAUCUUAGUUUAUAUCCACUGAACCUGAAUUCCAUUAAAAUUGAAAGCAUACCUGUAUACAACCCAUA